AUGUCCAGGCGUGAUUCAGAAUCCAGUGAUAAUAGCAUUGCGGUGAAGGAUAAUGAAAGUGAUCAUUUCCAGGCCAUCAACGAGCACCCAGUAGAUGACAUUUCGUUGGAGUUCUUCUACAAGCCACACACCAUCACCUUGCUGUCUGCCUCUGUUCUAUGGCUCAUGUACUCUGCACUAACCAGGAGUGGCACAAGUCCAGAAUCAAACAUCUGGCAUGGCUUCUGCUGCUUGGUCUUCUUCUUCCUCACCAUUGGAGUUCUCACAUUCCCUAACGUCAUGUGUAGAUAUGUACAUCUGAUGUGCUUUUUAUUGAUUUUUUUGGGGGAUCCAGGUGUAAGUUUGGUGUAUUUCCUCUGCUUGGUGUUCUUGAUCUACCAGGAAUAUGACGACAUCAGGCAUAUUAUCUUCUGGUUGUACCCUGAUUUAAAGACAUGGAAGCCAGAGGAAAAGGAAUAUGCAGUGAACUGCUCCCAGAUAACGGUGGCCAGGAUUUGGUCCCACCUGGAUAUUUUUGCUGUUGGGCAUUUUUGGGGUUGGGCCAUGAAGGCCCUGCUCGUCCGUCAUUACGGUAUCUGUUGGACUAUCAGCGUUUUGUGGGAAGUUUCUGAGGUUCCGUUUGCACAUCUCCUGCCAAACUUUGCCGAGUGUUGGUGGGACGCCAUUGUCCUGGAUGUACUGGUCUGCAACGGUCUGGGCAUCUGGUUUGGUAUGGUUCUGGCGCGCAAACUCGAAAUGAUGAACUACCAUUGGGAGAGUAUCAGGGAUAUAGAUUCUACAACUGGAAAAAUAAGAAGGGCGCUUUUGCAAUUCACUCCAGCUAGUUGGACCCAUGUGAGAUGGUUGGACCCAAGCUCCACAUACAUGAGAAUCGUUGCAGUCUCACUGCUAGUCAUCAUGUGGCAGCUGGUAGAGUUGAAUUCAUUCUUCCUGAAGCAUAUCUUCAUCAUAGGGCCUGACCAUCCCCUCUGCUAUGGUAGACUCAUCCUCAUUGGAGUCAUAUCUGCUCCUGCUAUAAGGCAAUAUUACACCUAUGUUACUGAUACACAAUGCAAACGUGUAGGGACUCAGUGCUAUGUCUUUUGCGCUAUAACAUUCGCCGAGUUCAUCCUCUGUGUUAAGAACGGCAUCCAGAUAUUCAGGCAGACUCAACUGUUGCAUGUGCUUUACUGGCUUGUGUUUCAGGUUGCCCAGUUGAUUGAUUGA